UGUCACAACAUGAGCCGGUUCACGUAGCCAUCGAACCACCCAACCUUUUUCGGAGACUGACAAAAGGAGCGUCAACAUUUCUUCAAGCGAAGACGAAGAAGCUUUAAAUUUUCGACGCAAGAGCCCAUGCUCUGAGCAGAAGAAAUGGCUACAGCAAUCCAUAUCCACGUCCAUAUCCAAUCCGAUAUCCGCUCCGCCAUCCUCGUCGCAUCCUCCACAUUCCGUUCCCUCCGUCCCGUACGCGCCACCUCGCCUUUUCAUCACCUCAGGCGGCUGCCUCCUCCUGCUUCGCCGCCGUUUCGGCUUAGAGCUUACUCCACCGAAGACUCUGUUAGGAUCCCGGACAAACCGCCGAUUUGUACCGCCGACGAGCUCCACUACGUUUCUGUGUCAAAUUGCGAUUGGCGUGUCGCUCUCUGGCGUUACAACCCUCCUCCUCAGGCUCCUCCAAGGAACCAUCCGCUGUUGCUGUUGUCUGGAGUAGGAACUAACGCCAUCGGAUACGAUCUAUCUCCUGGUUCUUCUUUUGCACGAUACAUGUCUGGUCAGGGAUUUGAUACAUGGAUUCUUGAAGUUCGUGGAGCUGGGUUAAGUGUGCAAGGAUCAAAUUUGAAAGAAAUUGAGGCAUCUGCCCAUGCAGUAUCUGACCAGAUGGAAGCUGCUGCGAAGGCUGCAAUUGAUGGAGCUUCAUCUCCAGAACAACAACCAACUGAUGUCCCCAAUGCCUUGCCAUGUUCUGAGAUCUCUGUUGUCAAGGAUGACCCAACAGUGAUAGAAACUAUAUGGGACGAAUCUAAACUUGUGACGAGGUUGACAGAAACUUUUAUCCUUUUGUCAGAAAGGCUCUCUGGUUUUCUCAGUGAUAGUCAGUCAAGGAUUAUGUCUGCAAAGUUUUUUGAUCAAAUAUCAAACUAUUUAGAAGAUUCACCAUUAUCUGAACGUUUUAAUGAGAUAAGGGGAAAACUUUCAAGGUUACUGGAAACAGGGCAAAACAAUGGAAUUGCUAGUCAAAUCAGGGAAUUAAGUCAAAGGCUUGUAAAUGUUAUUGAAGAAGGUCAACGAUCUGUUUCACCUCCAUUGUUUGACUUGCAAGAACGCUUCACUUCUACGAUAGAAGACUUCCAGAAACAAUUGGAUUUGAUUGUAAAGUAUGACUGGGAUUUUGAUCAUUACCUGGAGGAGGAUGUUCCUGCUGCGAUGGAAUACAUAAGGGCAGAAUGCAACCCAAAGGAUGGUAAAUUGCUUGCAAUUGGACACUCUAUGGGGGGUAUCUUGCUCUACUCCCUGUUAUCACGCUGUGCUUUUGAAGGAAGAGAACCUAAGUUGGCAGCUGUUGUUACUCUGGCAUCUUCACUUGACUACACAACUUCAAGAUCAUCACUCAAACUGCUCUUGCCCCUUGCAGAUCCUGCACAGGCUCUUAAUGUCCCUGUUGUUCCUUUGGGAGCAUUAUUGUCAGCAGCUUAUCCUCUUUCAUCUCGACCUCCUUAUGUUUUGUCUUGGCUUAAUAAUUUGAUAUCUGCAGAGGACAUGAUGCAUCCUGAGUUACUUGAGAAGCUUGUGUUGAACAACUUUUGUACAAUUCCAGCCAAACUUAUUCUUCAGCUUACAACAGCAUUUCGAGAAGGUGGCUUAUGCGAUAGGAGUGGUAAAUUUUUCUAUAAGGAUCAUCUACAUAAAAGCAAUGUUCCUGUGCUAGCUGUUGCUGGAGAUCAGGAUCUAAUUUGCCCACCUGAGGCUGUAAAGGAAACUGUUAAGUUAUUUCCUGAGAAUUUGGUUACGUAUAAGGCGUUUGGACAACCCGGAGGCCCACAUUAUGCACACUAUGAUUUGGUAGGAGGACGACUGGCUGUGGAGCAAGUUUAUCCCUGCAUAGUUGAAUUUCUUUGUCGCUAUGACUUGACAUAGUUUUCUUGGCUUGGGACUUCAUCAUCCACCAAGUUGAUUUCCAACCGGCAACAAGCAUGAAGGUCCGUGGGAUAUAUGUUGAAAUGCGAGAAAGACCUCCAGAAUGGGAAUAGAAUGUGCGGGAGUCAUGGAAAGAUAUAGCACAUAUCUCACUGUUGUGCUAUAAAAGUAAACACAGGAGUGAAUUCCGAAAGAGUUCCUGUGCAACAAGAUCAAAUGUGAAAUUGCAGAAUGUUGCGGAAUGCAAAGAUCCAAAAAUUUCUGUAAGCUGGUCUAUAUUUUCAUGGCGAUAUAAGGUAUCCACGAACUCUUUGCUUAAUUUUGAAACCAAAGGGGGCCCUAUAAUCCCUUUGAAAGGGGAAGAAAGUGUGUUUUUGUGCAUUGUUCUCUAAUCAUGGGUAUGAACUUCACUUAUGCCGUGAGCUUGUAGCAAACUUUUUGCUUCUUUUGGUAUGUGGAGAUAUUUAUUAGUUUUUGCUUUAUAAAUCUAUGUAUGUCAUUUAUAAAA